AUGAUUAUCACAUCCAUUCAUAUGCUCUUUAUAACAUCGUUGUUUGAACUCGUAGAAUCACAAGAUAAAAAUACAAAAGUCUGUAUGAUCGACUUUGGAGCGGUUGAUAUGGAUACAAAUGAGAAAUACCUGGCAAAAUCGUGGGAUUGUUAUGAUCGAAUACCAAACUCAAAGACUGAGAUUUUUGCAUUGAAUUUGGAUUUGGCAUGUUAUAUCCAUGAAAAUAUGAUGUUCCUUCAUAAAGCCUCAGAAACGGUAAACAGAUGUGGGCAAUGGAUUCAAAUCAUUGGCCCUUCACAGAGUCAAAUGAAUUGUAUGAUAGCUGGAUACCGAAAUUAUGAAAGACCAACUUUAACUGUUGUUAAAGAGGAGAGACUUAUAAGUGUUACUCCACAAUUGUUCACUUCUUUAACUGGUGGUUUUGUAAACCAAGCUGAAGAUAUGACACAAGUGACUGUAUCAUUCAGUGAUAUUGGAAUAUCUGCAACACCAACCCUUUUUGUUUUAAACAGAACCGAAACUGAAGUAAAUGUACAAAUAGUGAAUACCAAUAAAGUGCAAUCAAUGUUGGCAUUGGGCCGAGUCUCGACGAAAGAAUUGUUGUAUUAUAACAAGAAUCUUGAUGACACUUUUACUCUUCCUUUGUUCAACGAAAAUAUCUAUGUCUCACUGAUUGAUUUAAAUAGUGAAAAUAUUAAUAUUGAUAACAUCAAUUUGGCCACUGGAAAUAGAUACGUGUCGGGUGUUAGAUUUGAACAAAACAAAAUACCAAAAUGUAAGUUCUUUACUGAAACGCAAGUCUUUGAAGAAGGCAGUACAUUUGAAGACGAUAUGUUAUUUAAGUGGUAUAUCCUACAUACUAAAAUGGAUGGUUUGGGGAAAAUAUAUGACUCUGCACUUGCAAAUAUAGUGUUAAACAUUGAAGAAACUGAAACUAAAUUGUCAUUUUUUUAUUCAAUUGAGAUAUUAAUGAAUAAUGACUUUAGAGAGUUUAUUUUCAAAUUAAGAACCACCAAUUUAGAAGGAUUUGAGUUAAAAAGAGCCGAUUUAAUAUUGACCAAAAACUAUCUACAAACCGACAAAGUGGGCUCUGAAUACACCGAGCAGAACCUGAAAACCAAAAUGACAAUCAACAAAACUUCUGGUGAAGUAAAAAUAAGAGCUCUAUUUAGCAAAAAUAUCAUGUUGUUUUCAAACACAAUUGCUUUUGUAUUUGGAACAUCAAAGGGAAGUCAAAUUUCGAUUGGAACAUCUCAUCUUAUCAGAUCCGACAUAUAUGUUGAUCAACCAGAUUGCGAUAGUAUGUCAUUCGAUUGUGAACGUACAGACUGUCUCACUUUUGAUAACGACACAAUUGAAGAUGGUCCAAAUCCAUUUACAAAAGAAUGUCGACCGGCAUGUGGGACUUGUUUUGAUGUCUUCAAAUGUUCUACAUCAGGAAAAUGUGUCAAAGAAAAGGUUAUCAAUCUUCGCAGCAAUGGCUUUAGUAUCUUCUCAUUAUUAUUCCUCAUUCUCUUGGCUCUAUUUUUGUAA